AGGUGUUGGCUAAUGCCGAGUGACGCUACAAAUGUUCAGUUAUUCAGCGUACGCGUACGUGUUCGGUUCGUCAGUUGUAUUCGCGGAAAAUCCUUUUAAGUGCGAUAAUAUAAAAGCGAAGUGUUAAGUGUGACAAUUUUUAGAAAUAACAUACCUCUCCCUCUUGUCUCCCACAAAUAGAAACUUUCGUGAGUUUGCUGCAUUUUUGCAGUGCAGUGCAAAUAUACCGUUGGAAAAUGUAAAUCUGCCGCCACUUUCAUUUGAAAGCAACUAAAUGAAAAUAAUAGAUUGGUCUGGCAGAAACAGAAGAGCAUAUAAAAAGUAUUAUUUGAGCCGAGAAUCAGCAUCUUUCGAAGCCCAUAUGGUAGUGGCGCAGUUAAAGCCGUGAGCGUCAGCGUGUAUAGCCACAUUCGCACAUUUUCCAACACUUUACGCUAAACAGGACCACACUGAUACACGCACACACCCACUAGCAGCGGUGAAACUACUUUACCCACAACGACGCUAUGAAGUCCACUUUGAUUUGGUUAUUGCUGGCCGGUGUUGGCGCCGUACUGCUGUUGGGCGACACAGUCGACGCCUGGAAUCGACAGUUCUUCAAUCGCUACUCCCGCAGCUGGCUGCGCAACAACGCUGAUGUGUCGAUUGGUGGUGGGGUCGGUGUAACCGGCCUGGGCGGAAGUGCUGGCAAUGCGCAGCAAAUUGACGACUUUAAUGCACUCUUCGGCCUCGGUAACGAUAUGAACUUGCAUGGCGGAAGUGUGGCUAGUAAUGGCGGCGGCGGUGGUGGUGGUGUUGGUUACGCCAACUACGGCGCGGGCUAUGAUGUGGACACAGGUGGUUUUGGUGGUCAACAACAGACGGAGAUAUAUGGCAUCGUGGAACCGUUAAUAGAGGAUACACCGUGCGUGAAUCGCGCUUGUCAGGUCAAUGAUGAUUGCUGUCCCACAGGUGUCUGUGUCAAUACGUACGGUGAAGGUAAAUGCAUUUACGUUUAUGGGCGUAAACGCGAUCUCUGUCAUCGUAAUACGGACUGUAAGUUGGGCAUGUCAUGCCUGAAGAGCGCAGCUGGUAAUCUGAUGUGUCAACCGAGUGCAUCUACAGCUCAUCUAUUGAAUGCGGUUGACGGUGUCGUUGGCGCUGCUGGUAUUGGUGUAGGCGAUGGUGGCGUCCUCGGCGGCAGUGCAGCUGCUAGUAAUAACGCUGUUGGCUUUGAUGUUGGCGCAAAUAUGGCAACAGCUCCCAAGUUGACGUUGAAUACGAAGCAAUUUGGUGAAGAUUGUAUAUCGUCGAGCGAUUGUAAUGUGAGCAAGGGCUUAUGUUGUCAGCAACAACGCACCCACCAUCGCAUACGUCCACGCAAAUUAUGCGCUUACUUCCGGGAUCCUUUCAUGUGCAUCGACAUUAUGCCAGCCGAAGAUGAGGAAGUGCGCGACUCACGCUUGCUAUCCGCCUUCAGUCAGCGACGCAUGUAAUGAGGAGGAGUAAGUUGAAGAGGCAGAAAGGAGGUGUAAAAGAAGAAGAAAGAGAAAGAAGCGACAAAGCAAGGAAUAAGGUUAGAAGAAGGAGAAAGGAUGUAAGGAAGGAAAGGAGGUGGGAAGGCAACUCACAUGAAAACACACAAACAGUUAUUGUGGAGAUACCAAGGAAAUCAUACAUAUACACACCCAUACACAUACAAGUAUAUACCAUACUUUCAGUCAGCACGUGUGAAAUUCAAACAGGACAUACUCGAGUCGGCGCGAUAUGCAAUGUAAACGGAGGCAAUGAAAACAAUCAUAUUGAACUACGAUUUUGAGAAGAAAACCAAAGACAAAAACAAAAAUUACAAUGAAACUCUAACAAGAUUUAAGAUCACAAUAACAUAUCAAGCAAAGUUAAACUUAAAGUCGAAGAAAAAAAUAAAUUUAAAUUAAAAAUAAGGUAAAACAAAUAUUGCAAAAACUAGCAUAUCAUUUAUUCGGAGAAUGUAUGAAAAUUGUUUGACUGCAGGAAAUUAUUGAAGAAACUAUUUAAUUGUUAAUGCUAUUAGCACACACACACACAUACUUAAUGAAUUAUAAAUGUAUUACAAAUUAUAUUAUUGUAACAAACUAUAUAUACUCAAAGAGAUCAUACAUAUGUAUUUAUGUAUACAUAUAAGCAAAUCUAUAUACACAUACAUAUAUGUUUUAGUGUGCGCAAUGCAAUAAAAAAAACAUAAAAUAAACAUUUGAUUUAAAAACUUCAAAGAAAAGUUAAAAAAAAAACGUUUUAAAAGUAAAUAAAAAAUUUCAAAUUUAAAUGUAAAGUAGCGGAAGAUGUUGUAAAAUCAUAUAUAUGUAUAUGCUAUAUAUUAUUAGAAAUAAAUACCAAAACAAAAAAAUAAUUGCAAUGAUUUGCUGACAAAAACCACAAAUUAUACUGGCUGAGGCAUAAUUAUAAACAAAUAUAUAUAUAUAAAUAUAAAUAAAAAUAUAAAUAUAAAUAUAUAUAUAAAACACAUAUAUAUAUAUAAAUAAAUAAAUAAAAAUGUAUAUAUGUAUACAUAUAAAAUACAAAUAAAAUAUAUACAUAUAUAUAAAUAUUUCAAAAAUAUUAUUAAGUGCAUUUAAAAAAAAUACAUUGUUGAAGCAAAGCAAAAUAUUAUUAACAUUAAGAUUAUCAAAUAAUAUACAAUGCAAUUAAAGCGAACUUUAAGCUACAAAUUAUUGGAAUAUUGCAAUUAUGGCAGAAGUAGUAUUGAUACAAUGCAUAUCCCUUAAUGAGUCAAUCAUUUGUGUAAAUCUCAAUGUAUUAACAUAUAUAUACUAAGUAAUUAAAAAAUAAUUCAAGUGUAAAGCAAAAUUAAAUUGUUUCAAAUUACAACAAAAAUUAAUAUUGUAUUUAAAUUCUUUGCGUAACACUAAAGUCAAGUCAUUUGCAUAUCCUGAGUGUUUGAAAUUCCGAAACUACAUUUGUAAUGCAUGUGCAAUUUUUCUCAUUACAACAAAUAUAAAUUAUUAUUAUAGUUGUAAGUGUAAUUUAAUAAAAGCGAACCAAAGUAUCCGUUGAAAUGCGACAGAAGGCGCAUAGCCGCUGGAGAGGCAGCCGCAUUUGCUAAUGAGCGAACAUAUGAGAAUUGUUUUCAUUUGAAAUUUCAAUUUUUUGUUUUCUAUACUUCGUAUUAAAGUUUUUGAAACAUUUUCGUAAUAUGUAUUUAAAUAUGUAAAUUAAAUAUUAUAUGUGCAAGAAAUAAGAAAACAAGUACAUAAAUAAAUGAGAGCAUAUAGUAAGGCCCGCAAGGGCUUUGAAAA